AUACAAAGACGCGCUCUUCCCAUUUGAUUAAUUCUGCAUUGCGGAUAAACAAUAUUUGGUGAAUACGUUUUCUAGCUAUCUGCAAGUAUACGUAUUGGAACUUAAACAUUUAUGAAACUAAGGAGCCAAAUGAACGGCUCUUAUUAUCUGUACAAUUCUGUUUAAAAACAGCCGUUCAUUCGCAAACGAUCCAUCACAACCAUCAUGGAAGAGCAGGAAGUUAGCAACGACACUGCAUUUCUCCGAUCAUUAAAUGCAGAUGUUAAAACCAACGUACAUUUUAUUAAUAGAUCAAAACAAAGCGCAAGAGCAUGGUGGUUGGAUUAUUCCGGACAUCCAGUGUCUUAUGGAGAUAUACGAACAAACGAGUUAUUAAGCAUGACAACGUAUUUGACGCAUCCAUGGGUUUUUAGGACCUCUCGAAAUGGGGCGAAACUUCUAGCAAACCAACUAGAGGUUUAUAUGCCCGCUGCGGCCACAGAAUAUGAAGACGAUGGUGACCCAAAGUUUCUGGAUGUAUUCAUAACUACACCAGUGUACUCUCUACAGGAGUAUUGUCUGGUGCUGAUCCGCAAGCUGGUCCAAGAGCACGACUUCGGCCGACUGGACAUCCCUGAGUCCCUGCGUAGGGACCUCAGACAGAGGCCUGAUCUACUGAAGGAGCUGGAACUCAUCAACUCAAGGAGGAGAUGAUCCACAUCAACACACCAUAUUGUGGAUUUCUUUUGACAGAUUCUGGAAAAUAAGUCGCUUCGUGUAACCAGUGCUUUGGAAUGGGAGUACUAAUUGAAGAUACCUUUUGCCAUUUAGAUCAGAGUAAAUUAGAUAACAUGGUUAUAGAGGAUGAGGACUUUGAUACCUGAAACCUUUCUUCACAAUGACCAAAUGUUGCCGGUAAGACUGCACAAACAGAUAUGGAACCAGGCCCAGUCUAUUCAUUUCCUCCUAAAGAAUGGAAGUAGAGGUGAUGACGCAUUGCAGGCCUGGAACUAAUGGAACUGGUCCCCCAACCAAAAAAUAAAAAAUAAAUCAAGGUAAUUAAAUUACCAUUUAAAACAUUGCACUUUAAUCAAAAUCCAACAGACAUUUUGACACUACUUUCAUUGUUCAACAAAUAGACAUGCAACAACUCUUACUUUUCACAUUGUAAUUUGUAUUGCACUUGCGGUCUUGUUAAUAAAUUAUCCAAGAAUAAAAGAGGCCGGUAAAAUGA